AGCUCGGCUCGGCGGCGAGAGCUGCUCCGAGGCGGGGAGCCGCACGCACACGCGCUCCCGCUUCUCCCCUCAGGCACCCACCCAGCUGUGCCCUGCUGAGCCCCCCCCCCCACAGAGCCAGUCCCCCAGGCCCCCAGCGCCGGGAGGGUCCGGGCGCUGCCGUGGGACCCCGCUGGAGAGAGGAGUUGGGGGGGGGCCGGGGGUCGCCGGGCUCCAUGCGAGCCGGAGCAGGAGGGCUGACGGUGCCUCUCGUCCUCCCCGCGGUGCCAUGGAGCAGCUGAAGUGACCCUUGGAGACGUCACCGCCGUGCCAGGAUGGGCUGCGUGCACUGCAAGGAGAAGGUGGCCGGCAAGGGGCAGGCGGGGAGCGGUGGGGGGCCUUCCUUGGCCCCCCCCCUGCAGUACGACCCCGACCCCGCGCAGCUCGGCGGCGCCUUCACCCACAUCCCCGACUUCAACAACUUCCACGGCCCCGCCGUGCCCACCCCCGCGCCCUUUUACCCCUCCAACACGCUGCAGGCGCACGGCAGCAGCAUCGCAGGGGGGGGCGUGACGCUUUUCAUCGCCCUGUACGACUACGAGGCCAGGACGGAGGAUGACCUGAGCUUUCAGAAAGGGGAGAAGUUCCACAUCAUCAACAACACCGAGGGUGACUGGUGGGAGGCCAGGUCGCUGAGCUCGGGCGACACGGGCUACAUCCCCAGCAACUACGUGGCCCCCGUGGACUCCAUCCAGGCAGAGGAGUGGUACUUUGGGAAGAUCGGGCGCAAGGAUGCAGAGCGGCAGCUCCUGUGCCAUGGGAACUGCAGGGGCACCUUCCUCAUCCGGGAGAGCGAGACGACGAAAGGUGCCUACUCCCUCUCCAUCCGGGACUGGGACGAGGCCAAGGGCGACCACGUGAAGCACUAUAAGAUCCGAAAGCUGGACAGCGGGGGGUACUACAUCACCACGCGGGCCCAGUUCGACACCGUGCAGCAGCUGGUCCAGCACUACAUAGAGCGGGCGGCCGGGCUGUGCUGCCGCCUGGCCGUGCCGUGCCCCAAGGGGACCCCCAAACUGGCCGACCUGUCGGUCAAAACCAAAGACGUGUGGGAGAUCCCCCGCGAGUCCCUGCAGCUGCUCAAGAAGCUGGGCAACGGGCAGUUCGGGGAAGUGUGGAUGGGCACGUGGAACGGCACCACCAAGGUGGCGGUGAAGACGCUGAAGCCGGGCACCAUGUCCCCCGAGGCCUUCCUGGAGGAGGCUCAGAUCAUGAAGCGGCUGCGGCACGACAAGCUGGUGCAGCUCUACGCCGUGGUGUCGGAGGAGCCCAUCUACAUCGUCACCGAGUUCAUGAGCCAAGGCAGCCUGCUGGACUUCCUAAAGGACGGCGACGGCCGCUACCUGAAGCUGCCCCAGCUGGUGGACAUGGCUGCACAGAUCGCCGCGGGCAUGGCCUACAUCGAGCGGAUGAACUACAUCCACCGGGACCUGCGCGCUGCCAACAUCCUGGUGGGCGACAACCUGGUGUGCAAGAUCGCUGACUUCGGCCUCGCGCGCCUCAUCGAGGAUGAUGAGUACACGGCACGCCAGGGUGCCAAAUUCCCCAUCAAGUGGACGGCCCCGGAGGCGGCGCUUUUUGGCAAGUUCACCAUCAAGUCGGACGUUUGGUCCUUCGGCAUCCUCCUGACCGAGCUGGUGACCAAAGGCCGGGUGCCCUACCCAGGGAUGAACAACCGGGAGGUGCUGGAGCAGGUGGAGCGGGGGUACCGCAUGCAGUGCCCCGGGAACUGCCCCCCCUCCCUGCACGAGGUGAUGGUGCAGUGCUGGAAGCGGGAGCCCGAGGAGCGCCCCACCUUCGAGUACCUCCAGUCCUUCCUCGAGGACUACUUCACGGCCACCGAGCCCCAGUACCAGCCGGGGGACAACCAGUGACCCCAUACUGGGAGGGAGGGGGGGUGCUGGGGGGGGGGGGGGCAUUAAUCGCCCCCCUUUUUGCAGGGGGGUUUCUCGCUCCCGUUGCCUGCGCCCCCCUGUAAAUGGCCAUGGGGUGGUGCGGGGGGUGCCCCCCUUUUUUUUGGGGGGGGGCUUUGCACAAGGAUUUUGGACUCAGGGGGGCAGCGCCUUGCCCAGAUGUGCCCCCCCCUCCCCUGUGCCCACCCCCCAGCCCCAUCUCUCGUUGCCUUCACAGCCAGCUUUGAACCUGAGAAGUGCUUUGGUGGGGGGAGGACGGUGGGUGGGUGCCCCCCCCGUGACCCCCCGUGCCCCCCACACCCCUACCCCACAGCAGCAGAGGCCUUGGGGGAGGGGGGUCUGAGGGUGCCCCCUCCCCACGCCAGCCCCAUCCCCUCGCCCCCAGCUCUGCACAGCCCGGGGGGGGGGGACAGAUGGGGGGCUCAGCCCCCCAGAUCCUAGCACUGAGCUUCAGCCCCCCCUUAUAUCGCCUUUAAUUUAUACAGUUUCCCCCCCCCACACGCCCCAGGAGACACACAGGGACCCCUAUACGCGGGGGGGGGGGGGGGACAGGACUCCUUGCUCCCCCCCCCCUUUAUCUCCUGUCCUUAAAUUAGAGCCAAAUCCUCAAAGCCAUAAACCCCUGCUUGCAGUGGGGGGGGGGGCACAGGGGGUCCUGGGUGCCGGGGGGGGGGUCUGUCCCAGGGGCUGUUCCCACAGCCCUGUUGCCUUAUGGGGGGGGGGCACGGGGUGGAUUCACCCCCUGCAGCAAGCAUUAAUUGGGGGGGGGGGGGCAUCGUGGAGGCACGGGGCGCAAUGUGAAUGUGAUGGCACUUGGGGGGGGGGGGCACCCCACCUGGGCACCCCCUACCCCAUGUUCCAGGCUCAGUCCCAGCCCUGUCCCCCAUAACCAGGACCCCCCCAUGGCCAGGACCCCCCCACAGCCAUGCGGC